AUGGCCAAGAUCUCCUUCCUCCUCGUGGCGCUCCUCGUCCUCGCCGUCGGGUUCCCCGUGGAGGUGAUGGGAGGUGGGGGCGGCGGCGGCGGUGGCGGUGGCGGCGGCAACCUCAAGCCAUGGGAGUGCUCGUCCAAGUGCUCGUCGCGGUGCUCGGGGACGCAGUACAAGAAGGCGUGCCUGACCUACUGCAACAAGUGCUGCGCCACCUGCCUCUGCGUGCCGCCGGGCACCUACGGCAACAAGGGCGCCUGCCCCUGCUACAACAACUGGAAGACCAAGGAGGGAGGCCCCAAGUGCCCCUAG